AUGAGCUCCAUACAGACAAAUCCUUCAGCAAAUCUGACCUUUGUUCGUCCUGCAAAAUUUUUCCUCAGUGGCCUUUCUAAUGUUCCACAUGCAAAAUACUACUAUGUGUUCUUGUCUUUAGCUUAUGUUGUGACUGUUUUGGGGAAUUCAUUUCUCAUGUGUAUCAUGUAUUUGUCCCGCAGACUUCACACAGCUAAAUACAUUGCUGUUUUUCAUCUGGCCCUCUCUGAUCUGUGUGGAAGCUCAACUGUUAUUCCAAAAGUCAUUGAUACACUUUUAUUUGAUCACCAGGACGUUUCAUAUGAAGCAUGUUUGACACAUAUGUUUUUUAUUUACCAUUUCAUGAAUCUGCAGUCUUUAACACUACUUGUCAUGGCCUACGACAGGCUGGUUGCUAUUUGUUUUCCUCUACGGUAUCUAGCCAUUGUGACCAAGCCGUCAAUGUUUCUGAUCGUAGGAGUGAUGUGGAUUUUUUCUGUGAUAUAUUUUUCAGUGCUUGUAGGUUUGGUCAACAGAAUCUCUUUUUGUGGAUCUCGUGUGAUAGACAGUUAUUUUUGUGAUCAAGGCAUUAUCUAUAAACUUGCUUGUAAUGAUAAUUCUAUAAAUCUAAUGAUGGGAAAAAUUAGUUUUGGUCUCCUAAUGUGCACACCUUUCAUGCUGAUUGUGAUCUCAUAUUUUUUCAUUGCUCUGGCUCUGCUUAAGAUUUCUCAUGGUGUUGACCGGAUCAAAGCCAUGAAAACCUGCACCUCACAUCUCAUGUUGGUGGCAAUCGGGUAUCUACCUUUGAUAAGCAAUCAAAUUGCAGCGUUAACAACAUCUAUUGAUCCAAACACUCGGAUAUUUAACAACUCUUUGAGACAGGUAAUACCAUCUAUGCUGAAUCCCAUCAUAUACACUCUGAAGACAGAGGAGGUCAUGGAAUCCAUAAAAGAUCUGUACAAACGAAGAAAAAUUAACACAGCUAUAAAAAGAAUUUGA